GAAUAGAGACAGAAAAGAAAGAAAGAAAGAAAUAAAAAGAAUAGAAGGAGAAGAAGAGAAGAGAAGAGAAGAGGCUUCUUCAAGUAUUCAACCACUUGAGAGAGAGACAUCCCCUCUGACAUUUUCUCUAUUCUUGAAGCAAACUCCUCGUUUCAGAUCUCUAGGGUUUCUCUUUCUUCCUCUCACUCUCAAAGCUAUUUAUGAUCAUUCUCUGACACCUUCCCCUUACCAAUAUCAGAUUGGAGCAGGUUCAUUCAACAUGGUUGUUUCGGGGCCAAUCACGCCGGGGCAGGUGUCUUUCUUGCUCGGUAUUAUUCCAGUUUUUGUUACAUGGAUAUAUUCAGAGUACUUAGAGUACAAGAAAGUGUCAUCUCCUCCUAAAGUUCAUUCAGACACUAAUCUUGAUGAGUUGGGGAAGGAAAGCAUUAAGGAAGAUGAUCGAGCCAUUUUGCUUGAAGCAGGGCUUACACGAUCAUCAUCAGCAAAAUUCUAUGGAUCAUCUGUCAAAUCAAAUCUGAUCAGGUUUUUGACCAUGGAUGAUUCGUUCUUGCUAGAAAAUCGAGCAACUUUAAGGGCACUGGCCGAGUUUGGGCUGAUCCUGUUUUAUUUCUACAUUUGUGAUCGAACCAACUUACUUGGAGAUUCUACAAAGAAUUAUAGUCGGGAUCUUUUCAUCUUCUUGUACAUUCUUCUGAUUAUAGUUUCAGCCAUGACCUCUUUAAAGAAACAUAAUGACUCAUCAGCAUUUUCUGGAAGAACCAUACUUUAUCUUAAUCGACAUCAAACAGAGGAAUGGAAAGGAUGGAUGCAGGUCCUCUUUCUAAUGUAUCAUUAUUUUGCCGCGACGGAGAUAUACAAUGCAAUACGUGUUUUUAUUGCUGCAUAUGUUUGGAUGACUGGAUUUGGAAACUUCUCAUAUUAUUAUGUUAGAAAAGAUUUCAGCCUUGCUCGCUUUGCUCAGAUGAUGUGGCGGCUUAAUUUUUUUGUGGCCUUCUGUUGUAUUGUGCUUAACAAUGACUACAUGCUCUAUUAUAUAUGUCCAAUGCACACGCUUUUCACUUUGAUGGUGUAUGGAGCAUUGGGUAUAUAUAGCAAGUAUAACGAAAACAGCUCAGUGAUGGCUGCAAAAAUUCUUGCAUGCUUUCUUGUGGUGAUCUUGAUUUGGGAAAUCCCUGGAUUCUUUGACAUACUCUGGAGUCCAUUUGCAUUCUUUUUGGGUUAUACUGAUCCUGCAAAGCCUGAUCUCCCUCGAAUGCAUGAGUGGCAUUUCAGAUCUGGGCUUGAUCGCUACAUCUGGAUAAUUGGAAUGAUUUAUGCCUACUUUCAUCCAAAUGUUGAGAAAUGGAUGGAAAAAUUGGAGGAUUGUGAAACCAGGAGGAGAUUAACAAUUAAAACAAGCAUUGUUUCAAUUUCAUUAUUUGCUGGGUACUUGUGGUAUGAAUACAUUUACAAGCUGGACAAGGUCAAUUAUAACAAAAUGCACCCAUACACUUCAUGGAUACCAAUUACUGUUUACAUUUGCUUGAGGAAUUUCACUCAGCAGCUUCGGAAUGUCUCUCUGACCCUAUUUGCGUGGCUUGGGAAGAUUACUCUUGAGACUUACAUUUCCCAAUUUCACAUUUGGUUGAGAUCUAACAUGCCAAAUGGACAGCCAAAGUGGCUUCUGUGUCUCAUCCCAGAGUAUCCUAUGCUCAACUUCAUGCUUACUACGGCUAUAUACGUCUUCAUAUCACAUCGACUUUUUGAAUUAACAAAUACACUCAAGUCCGUCUUCAUACCUACCAAAGACAAUCGACGACUGCUGCAUAAUUGUAUCUCCGGGAUUGCAAUUUCCUUUUCUUUGUACUUCAUUGCAGUUGUUCUACUUCAGAUUCCGCAUUCCACGGCUUGAAAUUCAAGACCCCAAAGACUUUACAUAGAAAAUUCCCGUUGGAUUUGCUGUGCUGAAAGGACACUAGUGGGUUAAAAUAAGGAUACAGGGAAAUGUGGAAUCUCAUAAUUUUUGGAGCAGUGUGUCCUGUAGUUGUCAAUUAAUAUCCUCAGUCACAACAGAGAUAGAACGGUGGUGGUUUGCAUUUGAAGUUGGCAGAGGAAGAGAGGGACUAAUCCUGAAGAAAUUUGAACCAAUUUUCUAUAAAUUCGUUUCUGCUCACACAUAAAAAGGAGACAAAAAAUAGGAUAGCUUACGAGUUCUCUGUCAUGGCUGUGAGGAAAUUCAAGAUUCAUUAUCUUUUCAAAUUUUUGUUGUCAUUUUUUGCCUUUUUUACAUCUGUGAAGGAUAAGGAGAAAUAUGUAUAUUCAUUUUGACAAUCUUAAGCAGAAACGCGUCGUCAUACCCUUGUAAUAACAGCUAUUUCUUUCAACAGCCAUAAAUGCUAGUGUAGUGUUUAGAGUGUUACCAUUUCA